AGUUGCUGCAGCGGAGGAGGACACUGCCACCCGCAGCCUCCCCGAGCUCACUGCAGCUGGGACAGCUCAGAUGCCCGGGCACAGGUGGCAGGCCGAGACGAGCUCUGCCCCAGGUCUUGGGCUGGCCAUGGGCAAGAGCAGGAAAGGAACCAUGUUCCCAGGCUGCCCACAACUCUGGGUCCUGGUGGUCUUGGGCACCAGCUGGGCAGGCUGGGGGAGCCAAGAGGUCGAUGCAGCACGGCUCAGACACUUCUACGUGACUGCCGAAGCCAUCAAUUGGAGUUACUACCCUCAGCCCCCAAACCCAAGCUUGAAUCCUUCCACAACUAUCUUUAAUAAAAUUGUCUACAGAGAGUAUGAAGCAUAUUUUAAGAAAGAAAAACCACAAUCUAGCAUUUCAGGACUUCUUGGGCCUACUUUGUAUGCAGAAGUUGGAGACACCAUGAAGGUUCACUUUAAGAAUAAAGCAGACAAACCCUUAAGCAUCCAUCCUCAAGGAAUUAAGUAUAGUAAAUUCUCAGAAGGGGCUUCUUACCUUGACCACACAUUCCCUGAGGAGAAGAAGGAUGAUGCUGUGGCUCCAGGCCAAGAAUAUACCUAUGAGUGGACCAUCACAGAAGACAGUGGACCCACACAGGAUGACCCCCCAUGCCUUACACAUAUCUAUUACUCCUAUGAAAACCUGGUACAGGACUUCAACUCUGGACUGAUUGGACCUCUGCUUAUUUGUAAGAAAGGCACCCUACUUGAGGAUGGGACUCAGAGGAUGUUUGAUAAGCAACAUGUGCUGAUGUUUGCUGUGUUUGAUGAAAGCAAGAGCUGGAACCAGUCAUCAUCCCUAAUGUACACCGUCAAUGGCUAUGUGAAUGGGACACUGCCAGAUAUUACAGUUUGUGCCCAUGACCACAUCAGCUGGCAUCUGAUUGGAAUGAGCUCUGGGCCAGAAUUAUUCUCCAUUCAUUUCAAUGGGCAGGUCCUAGAGCACAACCAUCAUAAGAUCUCAGCCAUCACCCUCGUCAGCGCUACAGCCACUACUGCAAACAUGACCAUGAGCCCAGAAGGAAGAUGGACCAUAUCUUCUCUCAUCUCAAAACAUUUUCAAGCUGGGAUGCAGGCUUACAUUGACAUUAAAAACUGCCCAAAGAAAACUAGGAAUCCUAAGAAACUAACUCGUGACCAGAGGCGGCACAUUAAGAGAUGGGAAUACUUCAUUGCUGCAGAGGAAGUCAUUUGGGACUAUGCACCUAUAAUACCAGCAAAUAUCGACAAAAAAUACAGAUCUCUGCACUUGGAUAAUUUCUCAAACCAAAUUGGAAAGCUUUAUAAGAAGGUUAUCUAUAUACAAUAUCAAGAUGAGUCCUUCACCAAACGUCUGGAGAAUACCGAUAUCCAAGAAGAUGGGAUUUUGGGUCCUAUAAUUAGAGCCCAGGUCAGAGACACACUCAAAAUCACGUUCAAAAAUACCGCCAGCCGCCCUUACAGCAUUUACCCUCAUGGAGUGACCUUCUCUCCUUAUGAAGAUGAAGUCAACUCUUCCUCCAGCUCAGGCAGUAACACCAUGAUCAGAGCAGUACAACCAGGAGAAACCUAUACUUAUAAGUGGAACAUCCUAGAGUCUGAUGAACCCACAGAAAAAGAUGCCCAGUGCUUAACAAGACCAUACUACAGUAACGUGGACAUCACAAGGGACAUUGCGUCCGGGCUGAUAGGGCUACUUCUAAUUUGUAAGAGCAGAUCGCUGGACAAGCGAGGCAUACAGAGGGCAGCAGACAUCGAGCAGCAGGCUGUGUUUGCUGUGUUCGAUGAGAACAAGAGCUGGUACAUAGAGGACAACAUCAACAAGUUUUGUGAAAAUCCUGAUAAGGUCAAACGUGAUGACCCCAAGUUUUAUGAAUCAAACAUCAUGAGCACAAUCAAUGGCUAUGUGCCUGAGAGCAUACCUACACUAGGAUUCUGCUUUGAUGACACAGUCCAGUGGCAUUUCUGCAGUGUGGGAACCCAGGAUGACAUGUUGACCAUUCAUUUUACUGGGCACUCAUUCAUCUAUGGAAAGAGGCAUGAAGACACCUUGACCCUAUUCCCUAUGAGUGGAGAAUCUGUGACUGUCACAAUGGAUAAUGUUGGAACUUGGAUGUUAACUACCCUGCGUUCCAGUUCAAGAAGCCAAAACAUAAGGCUGAGAUUCAGAGAUGUUAAAUGUAUCCAGAAUGAUGAUGAAGACUCAUAUCAGAUUAUAUAUGAACCUACAGCAUCUUCGUCCAUGGCUACUCGGAAAAUGCGUGAAGACAGAAGUGAAGAGACUGAUGAAGACUAUGAUUACCAGGACAAACUGGCUUUAAUAUUAGGAAUUAGGUCACUCAGAAAUUCAUCAAUGACUCAGGAAGAAGAUGAAUUCAAUCUCACUGCCCUUGCUCUGGAGAACGACUCUGAAUUCAUUCACCCAAGGGCAAAUGGAGCUGUUGGUUCAAAUCUUUCUUCCCCAAUUAAUAUUAGUAGGCUCAUUGAUAAUGACCCCUCAGAACCUCAGAAAACUCUUCCUCAUCCAGGAGCCACCCCAGCUGGUCCCCUCCUGGGAAACCUCAGUGGCUUAGACAAGAAUUCAGGUCUCAACCCUUCCACAGCAGAAUAUUCCAUCCCUUAUUCUGAAGACCCUAUAGAGGAUCCUCUACAAUCUAAUGUCACAGGGAUAAGUUUACUUCAUCAUAGUGCAGAAGGAUUCAGAGGCGAAGACCAUGAUAAGCAUAAAGGAUUCAAGGCAGGAGGACAGCAAGCAGCAAGGUACAAGGUUUCCCAGAUGAAAAUACCAGCACAUAAAAUUGGAAGACUUUUAGGCCAAGCCAACACUUCUUCCAGAAUGAGAUCCUUGGAGGACCCUCCUAGUGAUCUGUUACUCUUAAGACAAAAGAAUCCAUCUAAGGUUUUGAAUGGGAAAUGGCAUUUGGUUUCUGAGAAAGGUAGCUAUGAAAUUAUCCAAGAAACUAAUGAAGACAUGACUGAUAAACUAUUGAACAACUCCCAGAAUGCCUCAAGGACUUGGGAAGAAAGUAUCCUCCUUACAAACAAGCAUGGAGAACAGAGUGGCCAUCCAAAGUUUUCAGGAGUUAGACAUAAAUCUCCACCAGUAAGACAGUCUGGAGGAAAUAGUGGGCUGAAGAAAACCUCCUCUCUCAUUAAGACACGAAAAAAGAAAAAUGAAAGGAAGCUUACACACUAUGUUCCAAUGUCUCCCAGGGGCUUCCACCCUCUAAAAGGAGAGUCCCACACCACAUUUUCAGACAGGACACAUGAUCAUUCAUUGUUACCCCAUAAGUACAAUGAAACAUCUCUUCCCACAGACCUCAAUCAGACAUUCCCCUUUAUGAAUGAUGGUCUGAUAGACUCACUUCUUGACCAGAAUGAGAACCCCCAAAAUGACACGGGUCAGACGAGCAUUGUUCCAGAUCUUUAUCAGGCAAUGCCCCCUGAGGAACACUAUCACACAUUCCCUGUUGAAGACCCUGGUCAAAUGUACUUGUCUACAGAACCCAGUCACACAUCCUCUUCUCCAGAGAGCAACCAGAUGCUCAACCAUGACCAGUUCUUUUCUACUGACAUUAGUCAAAUGUUCCCUUCAUUGGAACUUGAAGUCAGGCAGACACCCAUCUCCCCAGACCUCAGCCAGACAGCUCACUCCCCAGAACUCAGCCAAAUGACCCUCUCUCCAGAACUCGGUCAGACAAUUCUCAACCCAGAACUCAACCAGACAACCCUCUCCCAAGAACUCAACCAGACAACUGACUCCCCAGAACUCAGCCAGUUGAUCCUCUCCCCACACCUAUAUCAGACGACCGCCUCUUCAGAAUUCAGUCAGACAAACAUUUCCCCAGAUGACAGGCAGGUGACUCUCUCUCCAGACCUCAGCCAGGCAACCCUUCUUCCUGAUCUUGGGCAGAAACCGCCUCUUCCAAACCUUGAACAGACAACCUACCCCACUGAAUUGAGUCAGUCACUACCUCUUCUAGAACAUGGUUGGACUUUCCCUUCUACAGACCUUGAUCAGAAGCCAUCCCCUCCACUAUCUCCUACACUCAAUGACACUUCUAUACCAAGGCAAUUUAAUCCACCAGUUGUAGUGGGCCUCACUGGAGAUAAUGGAGAUUACAUUGAGAUUAUUCCAAGGGAGGAGGUCCAGAGCAAUGAAGAAGACUCUAUUGAAAUGGAUUUUGUGAACUAUGAUGACCCCUACCAAACUGAUACUAGGACAGACAUCAACUCCUCCAGAAAUCCUGACCACAUUGCAGCAUGGUACCUCCGCAGCAACAAUGGAAACAGAAAAAAUUAUUAUAUUGCUGCUGAAGAAAUAUAUUGGGAUUAUACAAAAUUUUCUAAAAGUGAAAUGGAUAAUGAAGACACAGAUGAUGCUCCAGAGGGCACCACAUACAAGAAAGUAGUUUUCCAAAAGUACCUUGACAGCACUUUUACCAAACGUGAUCCUCGGAGCGAGUAUGAAGAGCAUCAUGGGAUUCUUGGCCCUGUUAUUAGAGCUGAAGUAGGGGAUGUGGUCCAAGUUCGUUUUAAAAAUUCAGCAUCCAGAUCAUAUUCACUUCACACCCAUGGACUUUCCUAUGAAAAGUCAUCAGAGGGAAAGACUUAUGAAGAUGACUCUCCUGAAUGGUUUAAGGCAGAUAAUGCUGUUCCACCAAACAGCAGUUACACGUAUGUAUGGCAUGCCACUGAGCGGUCAGGGCCAGAAAACCCAGGCUCAGCAUGUCGGGCUUGGGCCUACUACUCGGCUGUGAACCCGGAAAAAGAUAUUCAUUCGGGCUUGAUAGGUCCCCUGCUUAUCUGCCGAAAAGGAACACUUCAUAAGGAGAGCAACAUGCCUGUGGACAUGAGAGAAUUUGUCUUACUUUUUAUGAUCUUUGAUGAAAAGAAGAGCUGGUACUAUGAAAAAAAGCCCAAAAGGUCUUGGACACUUGCAUCCUCAGAAGUAAAAAACUCCCAUGAGUUUCACGCCAUUAAUGGGAUGAUCUACAGCUUACCAGGACUGAUGAUGUACGAGCAAGAGUGGGUGAGAUUGCACCUGCUGAACAUAGGUGGCUCCCGAGACAUUCACGUGGUUCACUUUCAUGGCCAGACCUUGCUGGAAAAUGGUACUCAACAGCACCAGUCAGGGGUCUGGCCCCUUCUGCCAGGUUCAUUUAAAACUCUUGAAAUGAAGGCAUCAAAACCUGGCUGGUGGCUCCUAGACACAGAAGUUGGAGAACACCAGAGAGCAGGGAUGCAAACGCCAUUCCUCAUCAUAGACAGAGAAUGUAAGAUGCCAAUGGGACUAAGCACCGGCAUGAUACCUGAUUCACAGAUAAAGGCUUCUGAGUAUCUAAGUUAUUGGGAGCCCAAAUUAGCAAGAUUAAACAAUGAUGGAUCAUAUAAUGCUUGGAGCAUAGAAAAACAUUCAACUGAAACUGACUCUAUACCCUGGAUCCAGGUGGACAUGCAAAGGGAAGUCAUAUUCACAGGGAUCCAGACCCAAGGUGCCAAAAAGUACCUGAAGUCCUACUAUACCACUGAGUUCUACGUGGCGUAUAGCUCUGACCGUACAAACUGGCAGAUUUUCAGAGGAAACAGUACGGGGAACCUGAUGUAUUUUGAUGGCAAUUCAGAUGCCUCAACAAUAAAAGAGAAUCAGUUUGACCCACCUAUCAUGGCCAGAUAUAUUAGGAUCUCUCCAACUAAAUCUUAUAACAGACCUACCCUUCGACUGGAGCUGCAAGGUUGUGAGGUUAAUGGAUGCUCCACACCGCUGGGUAUGGAAACUCGAAAGAUAGAAAACAAGCAAAUCACAGCUUCCUCAUUUAAAAAAACUUAUUUUGGAAAUUCCUGGGAGCCCUCCUAUGCCCGUCUCAAUACCCAGGGCCGUGUGAAUGCCUGGCAAGCUGAGGCAAACAACAAUAAACAGUGGCUACAGAUUGAUCUGCUCAAAAUCAAGAAGAUAACUGCAAUUGUAACACAGGGCUGCAAGUAUCUAACCUCUGAAAUGUAUGUGAAGAGCUUCACUGUCCACUACAGUGACCAGGGAGUGGAAUGGAAACCUUACAGGCAGGAAUUCUCCAUGGCGAACAAGAUUUUUGAUGGAAAUAGUAAUAGCAACGGACACGUGAAGAACUUUUUCAAUCCGCCAAUCAUUUCCAGGUUUAUCCGCAUCAUUCCUAAAACAUGGAAUCAAAGCAUUGCCCUUCGCCUGGAACUCUUUGGCUGUGAUAUUUACUAGAGUUGGAUAUUCAAAAAGACAGGAGGGACUCUUUAGGACCUUAAGCUAUUUACAGUUUAUAGCUAUUUUAAAUAUUAACAAUUUUCUAUUAUUUCUCACUUUUUUCUAUUAGAGAAUAAAACUUUAUACAUAAACUUUUCUAGUGCAGCAUCUUGCUACUAUCAAGUGAGAUGAUGGCUAUUAUUCCUACAUUAAUUUCAAUUUAUAUGGAAAAACAUCAACAACAAAUCAACGAGAAAAUAGUUUAUCUUUUACAGUGCUUAAAAAUGAUAUAUAAAGUAAUUGUGUUUAUUAUAGCUCUUUUAAAUCCUAUAUAUAUUAAUAAAAGAGAUAUCACUUUUUAAAAUCA